AUGACCCUGAACCUGGGGAUGUCUGGCUCAACUUUAAGGGUAUUGCCCUUCCUCAAUCCAGGGCCAGUCCAGCUGCCUACCCAGGAACCGAUUCGGGGGCCGCCUCCGAUGACCUUGGUCGUCAAUCCCAGCGGCCCUGUUUUGCUGUCACCUUUGCCCACAACAUCCCAGGUGACAGGAGCUGCCGGACAUGGACCCCAUAACCCUGAGCCUGGAGUGUUCAUCUUCCAGGUUGGACCCGAGGCGGAGCUUGUGGCAUCAGCAAAACAGCCUGCCUUCCAAACGCAGGGUAGACCUAACUGGGAUGCAGCAGGAUCUCUGCCCGGAGGUCCUGAUUAUCCUGCACCCCUUAUUUCAGCAUCUUCUGUAAAGAAGAUCAUGGUGUCCACCAUAGCCUCUAGUGUUACCCAGGCUGUCCAGGGUGACUUUGGUCCUCAAGCUCCACCCCCAGUGGCCCAGUUGCCACCCAUCGUGCUCCCAUUUAAUGGUGGGCCCCAGACCGUGUGGAUAUCUGGGGACAAUAAUGUGGCCCCCGUUCAGAGAAAAGCCCUCCGUGAAAAGGUCGGCGGUUCCCAGAGCGUUUAUGCGAACUUCCGGCUCUGGCAGUGCUACAAGCCACUGGCUGGAUUGUACUUUACUCAGACACCAGACACCGAAGCCUUUGCCUGCUUUCUCAUCCCGGUCUUACGCUCGCUGGGCCGCUUGAAGCCCACUAUGACUGUAGAGGAAGGCCUGGGAAAGGCGAUGCAGGAAUGGCAGCACAUAAGCAAGUCUGAGCAAGAGAUCUACUAUGGCAGGGCAGCAAAGUUCAUGGAGUUUGAAACAGAGGAACAGAUGCAGGCACCGAAGCUGCAGUGCAGAAGUGGGGAGCAGGUCCUACAAUCCUCCACCCUUCCAAAGCCUGAGCUUCAGGGGACACCAGCCCCAGCUGUGGGCCAGCAGUCAGGUAGGACCCUAUACCCACAGGGAAAGGCCACAGGUAAUGAUGAGGACCCUGUGGGUCUGUCCCUUCACAGGAGUCUUUGGCCUUCAGAACCUCCCCAGUCCUCAAGCUCAGCUCUACAGCUCACCUGUGUCUCUUUGUCCUUCACUCUGUCAGUUCCUCACACACUCCACCGAAUAGGGAUUAGGUGCCCUGCAGACACUUUGUCCCCUCCUCACACUGAGGGUCUCCUCAACACUACUCCAGGCAAAGGGUUCAGGGGUCCUGACACAGCUUUCAGGAAUGCGAGUCCACAGGCCCUGGUACCUCUAUCCCCAAAAUCCAAGGAUCAGAGUCUCCCCAGGACCCAGGCACCUUCUGAGAUCCCUGAUGAAGCUGUGCAAGAGUAUAUAGAAAUAAUGGACGAGCUUCUGAAGGACCACAAAAUGGAAGAGACCAGAAAAGAUCUAGAGGAGGAGGCCAGACCUUGGUCUAACCCAAACAUUCUGAGCUAUCUGGAUGAGCUGUGCUCUCAGAAGGACUUUGUUACCAAGGUGGAGGCCAUCAUUGACGAUCGGUUCCUGGGACACCUGCUCUCUCCAGAUCCCCAGUUGGAUAUCUCAGUCCUGGCAAAGGAAUUGGAAGAGGUGGAAGGAUUCAGCCCCACACAGCUUAUGGAUGAGAACCUGCAGGCCCUGCAUGAUGAGCAGAUGGGGAAGGCUCAUCCCUGCCACCAGAAGACCCCCAAGGACUCAAAUCCAGAGGGGAUUGCAGCCAACAACGGUGCCCCGACACCCACCCAAGCCCACAGGCCAAGGGCCAGCACUGCCACUGCCACCUGUGUGCCAACGGGUUCUUCUGGACAAACUCCAAGGCCUGUCAUUCAGUUGGCAAUUGAAGCCUCUGAACCCAAAUCCAGCCAGUGUCCCCACCCUGUUCUCCCCACCCUGGGCAGUAGGGCUGACAACAUCCUGGAAAAGGACCCUCUUGGCAUUCCUUUGCCUGGGUCUAAAGAGGGCUCUGAGGAGGAGGAGGAUCUUCCCAGCCUGGCCUUUCUCCUAGAUCCUUGCCAGAGCCGGCAGCCCUGUAGCUUGCCUCGGAGACCUGCCCCUACCCCUGGCCCCCACAAGCCUAGAAAUAGUGCUGGUCUUGGGUCUUGCACUCCUUCAAAAAGGGCCAUCCAGACCUCUGAGCCUAAUACUGGCCCAUCUAAGAAACACCGCCGUUUGGGGAGGGGACCAAACAUGUGA